GUUUAAGCUGUUAUUUUAAUGGGCCCGAAUGUCUACAACAGAAGUUGCAUCAACAGAAUUACUCCGCUGCGUACAGCGCAUGAUCAAAGAUGGCAGCUUCCGUGAAAAGAAAAUUUUUAUUGUCCAACUCGGAAUUUAAGUGAAUGCUUCAUGUUGUUCUACGCUAGAUUGACGGGGAUCAAUGUAAGGUAUUAUAGUGAAGUUGGUUCUACAGCAUAAAGGAAUAACAGCGUAUCAAACGCUGUCUACCUUACAUAAUGGAGAAAACUGACUCAAAAAUAAUAGGCGAUAGCAAAGCAGACGAUUUGGCGCAGAUGGACUCCCAAGGGCUCUCUCUUCCUGUUUCUGCCGCUCUCUUCACUUCGUUCGAAAGUGACAUAACAGAAAAUGAGGAUGAAGACAGACCUCUCAUUCGAGCUGGAGGUUCAACGGGGACAACAGCGUCUGGACUGCCAAGUUUUGUCGGACAGUACACGAACACAGACACGGCCAGGAAGGUGCUGGAGUAUACGAAACAUAUCCAAGGUUUAAGUGCCGAUAUGACCUCUUCGGUGGAAUCCAGUAGGGAUCUUCUGAGUAGUGACAAUGAGGGGACAGAUCAGGAACCAUUUCGUAAGAAUAUAGCGUAUAUGAGACUGGCAGAGACUGGGUUUGUGGGGGAGGAAGGUGAAACAGAAGACUCCUCCCUGUCAGCAACAACGAAGAAACCAUCAUCAACAGCAGAGGCAUCUGCUUCUGUGUCACAGAAAAAUACUGAACACCCAUCACAAAAACAUUCCAAGAGUGCCAAAACUGACCAUAGGUCAGCUGACAGUUAUGAUGACACGGUGCCCUCAAAAUCUGGGUCAGGGUCAAGGACUUCUAAUUCUGGGUCAAGGUCAUCGAGCUCUGACUCGCCAGAUAGAACUCUGGUUGAGGACCCAGCUGAUGACGGAGAUGAUGAUGAUGAUUCCCCAAGAAGCAGCAGCAGCAGACCUAAUGAUCUGACAUUGCCUAAACCCCUACAGCAUUAUGAGAGAAUACAGCGGAUGAAGUACACAUCAGAGACAGAAGAUGCAGUGGAUGUACUGGAUGAGCUGGCCAAGACACCACUGCAGAGUCAGGGGACUGUGAUGAAAGAAGGGGAGCUGGUGGCAUUUGUUGCCGAUGACUUGCAGCAGAAAAUAAAGCUGAGCAGCCCUUGUAGCAAAGAUGGUGAUUUAGGAGGUGUAAGGGAGAGAAAAGACAGCCAAGCAUCUAGUCUAAAAACUACCUCCAGCAGUAACUACAGUUUGUCCAGCAAUUCUUCAGUCACGUCCUCCUCAACAUGGUCUACAGCAGCGACACCUAUCCACAGAAGACGGAGUAAUGCAGAUGUCCCUCCUAUUGAUCCCCAUGUGUUGAGAGACAUUGAGAUUCAAGCCACCCACAUUUCAGACAAUUUGGAUCAAAUGUUGAAAAAACUGAAAACAAGUAUGGAAAGGAUGUCUGCUAUCACAGUAGGUUGUGUUGACACCUAUAAGGAAGCUAUAGACAACACAUGUGAUGCUGUAGAUGGAAGUAUUAAGUCCAUGUAUGCACUGAUGGCAAAGUGUGAAGAGCUCAGCAAGUCAGUUAAACCCAUUUAUGAUAUUCAUGAACAGAUCAAGGAAAUCAAGAGACUUCUAGACAUGUUUGAGAUGCAGAUCGCAACCCAAGACCACUGAGAUGGAACUAAGGAUCACGACUUGGUCACAUGGCCUGUCACAUGGUUAGUCACAUGACAUAGUCACAUGGUUCCUUACAUGGCUCUUCAUUCUGCUAUCAAUGCUCCCUUCCAUACAGUAUUAGACAAUAGGUGAAGUGAAUGCAAGAUGAACCUGCUGAAUAAUACUGCUUGAAGCCAGACCCAGGCCCAAGUAUAUGAGUCUAGUGACUGUGCAAAAAUAAAAUCAUGGCAGUUAUUUCUGUUAAAGUCUGAAAAUGAACCACGUAAAGAGCUGGUUGUAGAACAAUUAUGUUAACCAUUUCUGUUAAUUUCACUGGCUUCACAGCAUUUUCUCUGGCUAGUUAGUUAAACAUUAGUGUGCAUAAUUGAUUUAUCAAUGGCUUGUACGUGUAGACAGUAACUGAAUGUAUACUAAUAUAUUAUUUAUUUGAAUUAGUUCAAUUAGCCUCGCAUGUGUUAUGGUAUUGAUACUGUUUUAUAUUUUGAAGUUUUACUCAAAGGAAUUUAAAAGUUACUCAUUGUGUCUUUUAAAUGUGCAAUAUACUGUGUUAUAAUGAAUUGGCUUUGUGCAUCAAUUUUGUAUUUUUUCAUAUUUUUUCAGUAGCUAAAGUAACUUUAAAUAAAUGUGUAUCCAUGCCAACAUUUAGAUAAAGUUGUGUUUAGAUGAUGGAUAUCAUUGGAGCGAUUAUUGCAUAAAUUUGUUAUUGUUGGAAGAUUAAGAAAACUUGAAAAUUAUUUUUUUUCUGAUUGGUUGUAAGCAGUUUGCUUAGAAGAUGAAAAAUCAGAAUGAUUUCAUUUCCUAGCUGUUACAGAAUUGGAAAAUAAAUCAUGAAAUUACG